AUGAGCGCACCCGUCGACAACGUCGUGGUGGAGCGGCUCUCUACAGCCAACCAAAAACCCAUCAACGAGCCCCGCCGCUUUGCGCUGUUGGUUCUCGGAACAUGUUGCUCAAUCUGUACAUCCUUCAUGUAUGCUUUCAAUCUUAUAUCUGGAACAAUGCAAGCACGCUACAGGUUUUCCGUAAAAGAUAUAAUGAAUGUCAAUGCGGUAGGGCUUGCAGUUGGAUAUUUCAUGCUGCCUUAUGGUUUCAUCUAUGACUAUCUGGGGCCGAGACCCAUAUUUAUGCUCUCACUAACGGUGCUGUGUCUCGGUGCGUUGCUGUUUGCCUUGACAUUACGAGGUGACAUCGAAGGAACUGUUGUGAGACUCAGUGUCUACAAUGGUCUCAUGACAUUGGGAUGUAUGUUGUUUGACUUAGGCGGUGUGGUGACAGUACUCAGCGUGUUUCCAUCCAACCGUGGUGCCAUUGUGGCUAUCAUGAAGAGCUUUGUGGGUCUUGGUGCUGCGAUCCUAGGCAGUAUUCAGUUGGCCUUCUUCAGUGACAGGCCAGAUAUAUAUUUCUUUUCUAUCAUGUCGUUUGCCCUAACGGUUGGUAUCCUCGGCAUUGUAUUCAUGCGUCUGCCACCAUUCCAUUUGACGGGCUAUCAGGAAAAGCACCUUGAUGAAGAAGAGAAGGCACAGCUUCGCAUGACCAAGACCGUGUACCUGAAGCAGAAGGCACCCAUGUGGCGUUUCAUCUAUGGUUUCGUCCUUCUUUUGAUUCUUGUUGUGUUCCUCCCCCUGCAGGGAGCGCUCGUAGCGUAUCUCAAACUCGGAAGCAACUUCAAGGUGGGGUUUGCUGUGACAGUUAUUGUGUUGACCGCAAUAUUCCCUUUUAUGGCAUUCCCACUUACUACCUUCGACGGAAAACGCCCACAUGACGAUUCUGAUGGUGAGGUGGAUGAUAAAGAGGAAAUGAGUGAAGAGCCCUUCCCUGUGGAAGAUAAGGUAGUUGAGACUGAUGUCGACUAUAUUGCUCCACAGUUCCAGGAAACAUUUAUCGAAGGAUUGAAAACAGCACGGUUAUGGUGCCUACUCUCGUCAGUCUUUUGUUGCGUUGGUGGCAGCUUCGUCGUUGUGUUUAACUCUCGUUUCCUGUACACGGCGCUCGCGGGCGAGCCUCCGAGUACUAAUGUUGGUAUUCUUCUUUCCGUGUUGGGCGCCUUGGGUAGUGCUGUAGGCAGGCUGUUAACGAGCGGUGUAGAAAUCUGGUCGCAGAAGCGCCGUGCUGAAGAUCGCGUCCCCAUCACCAUUGCGCUGUUUAUCCCUUCGGUUUGUAUCAUCACCAUGUUGACACUCUUCCUCACUCUCCCGAAGGCUGCAUUACCUUUGCCACAUUUUUUGGCGGCAGUGGCAGAUGGUUUUAUGGCUACAACAACACCUCUCGUCGCCCGCACAAUAUUCGCCAAGGAUCCUGCAAAGCAUUACAACUUCUGCUUCCUUGGCUCCGUGCUUUCAGCCAUCUUCCUUAAUCGUCUACUGUACGGUGAGUGGUACACGCAACAAGCCGAUAAGUUGGGUCAGGAUGUUUGCACCGAGCGUGUUUGUGUGGUGAUGCCGCUUGCAUUCUUACUUGGUUUAUCUUUCUUGGCAUUCAUCACCAGCACCUACGUGCAUCUGCAGUACCGAAAUCUUUGUUUGAAAGCUCUUGAAGAACGUCAGCGUGUUAAGGAACAGCAUCGUGCAUCAAAGGAUGAUUCUCGUGUUUCUACGGAACCGAUAGGUGUAAUUUAA